GUCUACCCUCCGUGCCCUAUGGGGGUCCGUGGACGGGGCAGCACUCACGGUCAACGGCACUGCCCAUACACUCAGUCCACCCUGGCGGGGACCUCACCAAUGACCUCCAUGAAAACAGGGUCCCAGACAAGCCAGUUGGUCUGAAGGCCGUGGCGCUGACUGACCACAUCAGGGUGUGCUGGCAGCCCCCUGCACAGCACAAUGUGAUGCUGUGCGGCUACACCAUUGCCUGGGACCAAGGCGUGGCGGACAUCUACUCCAAGAUCGUGGACAGCAAGCAGCACGGUUACAUCAUUGAUAAGCUGGAACCCAACAUGGAGUUUGUUAUAAGCCUGCGAGCCUUCAACAAAGUGGGUGACGGGCAACAGGUGUACCAGCAAGUCCGCCCCCAGCCAGAGGAGGAGGAGGUGGUGGCACCCACGCUGGACCCGGCGGUGUGGGUGAAGGCCGUGGUGUUGACGCCCUUCACCGUGGUGCUGCAGUGGGCGGACACCAUGCUGAGCCAGAACCAGUACAACAGCUGCACCACCUUCUCGUCCUCAUCCUCCAGCCGCUACGUCAACGCCACGGAUGUGACCUGCCUCAUUGACAGCCUCAAGCCAUCAACAGUGUGUGAGUUUGCUGUGAAGACCAUCAGGGUGAGACCACAGUGCUGGAAGCCUUCGUUCUUCUUUCAGUAAAUAUUCACUCAGUCCUGCAACACUUCUCAAGGAAAUCCUGCACAGCUGAAUCCUUGCUGUGAUGAGGCACAGAGAAAUUAUGACUCAUAGGGUGAGCUAUUAUUAGUGUUUGAGAUAUUGAUUUUUUCAUUGACCUUUUGCAAAUACUUAAGAAUGAACCUUACAUAAUGGUAUUAGAAACAGCACAGCAGGGUUGGCAAUGAUUUAAUCAAAUUGAUUUAAUCAAAUGAUUAAAUCAUUGAUUUUAUUUGUAUUUUUCUGAGUAAAAGUAUUCCAUAGGUUAAAUGAUGUGCUCCAAAGAUGAUAAAGUAAAACAACCUAUUCAUGUGCAAUGAUUCAUUUAUUCUCUUCAAAGUAUAAAAAAAAAGAUUCCUACAUUAUUAUAUCCUCCUGCGCUAAUGUUGCCAACUUGA